GUGUGAUGCGAGCGCGCUCCCGCCCCCGGGCUGGGCGAGAGGCGGGGGACGGCGGCCGGAGCGCGGGCGGGGCGGCUCCGGAGGGGGCGGCGGUGCGGGCUGGCGAUGGAGGAAGGGGCAGCAGACCUGCGACAGAGAAAGAAGCAAAACUGCACAGAAUCUGACAAAAUGGCUCCAGAGGAGAGAAACAAAGAAAACUCAAAGCUGGGAAGAUCGCCAAAGUAUCUGUUAAUUCAACGUUUUGCAAAACUUUUCUUUGGGUGUCUGGCAGCAGUUACUAGUGGGAUGAUGUAUGCUGUGUACCUGUCAACGUAUCAUGAGCGGAAAUUCUGGUUUUCCAGCAGGCAGGAACUUGAACGAGAAAUUACAUUUCAGGGUGACAGUGCCAUUUAUUAUUCAUUCUAUAAAGAACUGCUGAAGGCUCCUUCCUUUGAAAGAGGUGUUUAUGAGUUGACACACAACAAUAAGACGAUAUCACUGAAGACAAUAAAUGCAGUCCAGCAAAUGACUUUGUACCCAGAGUUAAUUGCCAGUGUUUUAUAUCAAGCAUCUGGUAGCGAAGAAGUUAUUGAGCCAGUGUAUUUCUACAUUGGUAUAGUUUUUGGACUGCAGGGAAUUUAUGUGACUGCAUUGUUUGUAACCAGUUGGGUUAUGAGUGGGACUUGGCUGGCAGGAAUGCUGACUGUAGCAUGGUUCAUUAUUAACAGGACAGAUACAACAAGAAUUGAUUACUCCAUACCAUCAAGGGAAAAUUGGGCUUUGCCAUAUUUUGCAUGUCAAGUAGCAGCUCUCACAGGCUAUUUAAAAAAAAACCUAAAUUGUUCUGCUGAGAAGUUCUGUUACCUUUUGGUGAGUGCUUCAACGUACACCUUCAUGAUGAUGUGGGAAUACAGUCAUUAUCUCCUGUUUGUUCAGGCUGUUUCUCUUUUUCUGCUGGACAGCUUUGCCCUGGCACAGACAGAGAAGGUGCAUGAAGUGUACAAAAUAUAUUUGUUUUCUCUCUUCUUGGGGUACCUUUUGCAGUUUGAAAACUCAUCCUUACUAGUGUCACCAUUACUGAGCCUUGUAACAGCUUUAAUGCUCUCUAAAUGCCUUCAGAUGAACAUGAAAAAAGGCACAUUUAUGUCAAGAUUGCUGAAAAUAAUGUACAUUUAUUUGGUACUUACAAUAACAGUGACACUAAACUUCUUACUUAAGAUGCUUGUUCCUCAUAAAGAAAAUGAGCAUUUGCUGAAGUUCAUUGAAGUAAAACUCGGCUUAAACACUACUAAGAAUUUUACAAUGAAUUGGCUCCUUUGUCAAGAAUCUCUUCAGGCACCCUCCCAAGACUUUUUUUUGCGACUAACACAGUCAUCACUGUUGCCUUUCUAUAUAUUAGUAUUAAUUAUCUGCCUUUUUUCUGUAACUCAGGUCAUUUUUAGGAGAAUUUGUGGUGAACCACUGAAAGAGACAGUUAAACUUGAAGAUGGUCGAAUUGGAGAGAGGCCAGAAAUAGUUUAUCAUGUAAUUCACACAAUUUUGCUUGGUUGUCUAGCGAUGUGUUUGGAAGGAAUGAAGUAUCUAUGGACACCUUAUGUUUGUAUGCUUGCUGCAUUUGGUGUGUGCUCUCCUGAACUCUGGAUGACACUUUUCAAGUGGCUUCGACUGAAAGCUGUGCACCCAAUAUUGCUGGCUCUUAUUCUGAGUAUGGCAGUUCCCACAAUAAUUGGAUUCACCUUGUGGAAAGAGUUUUUCCCUAGGAUAAUGACAGAGCUUUCAGAACUGCAAGAAUUCUACGAUCCUGAUACAGUAGAACUCAUGACAUGGAUAAAACGACAGGCUCCGGUGGCUGCCGUGUUUGCAGGCAGCCCACAGUUAAUGGGUGUGAUUAAGCUUUGUACUGGAUGGAUGGUGUCGAGUUUGCCUUUAUAUAAUGAUGAUGAUCUUCUAAAAAGAAAUGAGAAUAUUUAUCAGAUCUAUUCAAAGAGGUCAGCAGAAGAUAUUUAUAAGAUACUGACAUCUUACAAAGCCAAUUUUCUGAUUAUUGAAGAUUCAAUUUGCAAUGAAGUGGGACCUGUAAGAGGAUGUAGAGUUAAAGAUCUGUUGGAUAUUGCUAAUGGUCACGUGGUUUGUGAGGAAGGUGACAGUUAUGCCUACUCAAAAUAUGGACGAUUUUGUCAUGAAAUCAAAAUGAACUAUUCUCCAUAUGUGAACUACUUUACUCGGGUGUACUGGAAUAGAUCCUACUUCGUGUAUAGAAUCAACACUGUGAUAUCCUUCCAGUCGUGAAAAAGCCUGCAAGCUUCUUCCUGAGAAUUGAUUGUGAAUGAAAUUCAGUUGGGAACGUUCCUUUUGAUCAAGGAAGAUAUUUUUGCAGAUACAUGAGCACACGUGCAAUGUAUUGACAACGUGUGUUUUACCCAACUGGAACUCUUUGAACUACAGAUCAACAUACACAAAUACUAUCCUUGAAGGAAAUGGGAAAAUACAUCAGUUUUACAGUCUCUACAGAGUGUGACAGUCUUCCAUGUUUUUGCGUUUUUCUUCCCAUUAUAAAUCAUGUUACUCUUAUGGGACUGAGAUUUCUAACUUUAGUGUUAGAGAGCUGAUGUGGGUAGACUUCAGUAAAUGCACAAAAAUUAUUUAAACAGCUCAUUUAAGUAAUAUAGCAUUUAUUUUCUAGGAAGAAAGCAAUUGGUAUCCAGAGUCUCUUCAAGUAAGUGUUUGGGUUUUUUGGGGUUUCGUUGUUUGAAUUCUUCCUGUCUUCCACUGUAAACAUUUCUGUGUUUAUCUAACGCACAUUCAUACAUCUUAUGUGUAGCUAUAGUGUCUGUAUAAGUCAAAUAAGGAAGAUUUUAUUUAAGCAAUGUUUCCAUAGAUUAAGGCACUGAUCUCUAUAGAGAUGUGUUGGUAGAAGUAGACUUAGACCAGAGUUGGCAAGGUCAGAUCUUCAGUUUGGAAAGAACUUGUCUUAGAAUUUUUCCAUGCUUAAAUGUGUAUGUGUGUCUGCAUAUGUGUGUUUUAGCCACCAUCAGGAUGGCCAGUAUACAACAAUUUGCCAUAUGUGGUUUUGGACAAGUGUAGCAGGACAGCUAGGUUUGCUGCUGAGACUUGUGCACCUCUGUUUCACCCUCUGUGUGUGUGUGCUGGUAUAAAUGUGUGUGUAUGGGGAGGGAUGGAUGAUACUCAUUUCAUUCAACUUUUUACGUGAUAGUUAUAUUAGGAUAGUGCCAUCACUGUAAUUUAAAACACUAUUAUCACCACCAUUAAUAAAUAAUGGUACAUUUUUUCAUAGCUAUUUUUCUAUAAAUUAUGCAACUAGAUUGAGAUCUUUGAAAAUCUGGGAAAGUACUCUGCAAUCUUGCUUCCUGCUUAAAUUUGUCUUCAUUUUAUGACACCCCCCCUGCCUCUACAGCUGUUAUUCUUACCAAAUUAUCUGUUCAUCCUGUCUGUUGUUGUCUGAUAUACUUUCAAGAGAAUAAAUGAUUCUCUAAUUCCAACUCUGGGAUUAAUCCUGGUGUUGCAAAUGGAAGAGCCAGGAAAAGGUAAAGGUAUCUUCACUUAUGUAGGUAUAGCUGGACAAAAAGCCAGGGCAUAAGUUCUGGAGAAGGUUAUUCACCCAUUGGGAAUUACCUACAGUUACAGAUUCUUUCAACACCUGUCCCAGAGACCAGUCUAUCAGGCGUGGGAAUGAUUCUUUGGAGCGCAGAUGCCUUUAAUGAAGGAUCUGGCAAAAUAGGAUUAACUUUCAGCUGAAGAAUCUGCAAACCAUUCUGCAAAUUAGAGCUGCUAAACAGUCCUUACCACACUUGUUGAUAAAAUGCAAAUUCAGAGAUUUUAAGUCUGAAAUUACUAGAAACUGCAGCAUGUUGGUGUACAUGCACAAUUCCUGUCUGCUCUAUGCAGAUACAUUUACUUACUUUACACUAGUAGUAGUGCCAAGAGUUUUUUAAAAGCUAUUAUCACUAUUAGAGUGAUUUAAAAAAAAAAAAAAGCUUUAUUGCUGUUAAAGUCAACAUAUCUGAAAUCUGUUUUUUACUUUCAGUUAUAUUUUUAGGCCUGUGAGUCUCAACAAGAUGUUAAAUUAUGUAUUUUAUUUGAAACCAGUGCUCAGAUAAAUCCAUUUAAUAUACUGGAUGUGAUAACUGAGAGCAGUAAUUAUCAGUGUCAGUGAGUUACAAGCUAUAAGUAAAUAUCCUUUCUGGUGAUACAGUCAUUGUAUUGAGGGUAAAGUGCAUGUGUGUCUCUGGCCAACUGCAGUCUCUUAUUUAUUUGCUUAAGCACAACUGCACAUGUUUUACUGCACUGGACUGUUUCAGACUUGUCAGUUACCAUACAACAACAGAAGCUAGGGUAUUCACUUGAGCUAUGGCAGGUCUGCAGGAACCUGCUCUGGAUGUGCUAGUAUGGAUGUAGAUGUAAUAUUUUGAAGUAAGUUUGAAGUUCCUUAUACAAUUUCAGUUUGAAUCACUGCAAGGAAUGACAUGUCUCUGUCUGUUGUCUACUUGCCUGAAGUUAAUCACUCAUGAAUACCAUUUCAGAACCGCAAUAAGGCAUUCCAGGCAGCAAACUUCAGGGUUACAACUGCACUUGGGUGGAUGAAGUCGCACAGCUUACGGCUUCAUGCCUUAGCCUGCCAUGCCAAGAUGCAAUACUUAGCUGUCCUUGACUGCCCGUUGUAUGUGUUACCACACAGGACAUAGUUUGAAUACAUACAUGUAGAGCACACAUGAAGAAAAACACAAAUGAGGCCAACUGUGCAUCUGAAGAAAAUGUCUCCUGUAGCACAUUGCCUUUUAUACAUGUUUAAACAAACAUGUUCAACUUCAUUUGAACUGUGACAUAGUUGUUUUUACUAGUUUCGUCAUAGUUUUUAAGAUGUAUUCUUGAUACUUCAACUGAUUCUGCUUUAGGAGAAUCAUUUAAAAUGUUUACCUUGCUUUUUAUAUUAGAGAAAAUUGUAUUGCAGCACCAUUGGCACAGCAGCCUUAAGUAACAGAAGGAAUCUUUUAUAUGGAAGAAGUGUCAUCAUUGAUCCAGUAAAAAGGCAUCAUUUUUAAAAUGAGUGACUGGAAGAAUCAUAUCUUAUAAAGAAAAUUAUCAGCUUGAAUUUCUUAUGCAGCUGUGGAUUAGCAAAAAUAUUAUUAUCUAUUCUACUAUCCACCUUCUGUGAAAAAGACACAGCAAGUUUCAUGGUAUCCCUCAGAAGGACAACAGCAGAGCAUCAUUAUAUCUGACUUGUACACACAGCUCUAGCUCAAUUUUCAACCAGGUCACAGGUUUAACUCCCUGAAGCACUGGGGAACUGUUUGCAAAUUUUGAUCUGUUUUGCUGUAGCUGCUGCAAUUCAGUUGAAACAUGUGCCUUGCAAGCUUUAUUAAACAAACAAAAAACUCAGUUUGUGUUUCUUUUUGUGAUUUUUUUUUUUUUUUUUUAAUUCCUGUCCCUCCAAUUUCUAGAGCUUCCAUUGUGGCUUAGUACCCCAGCCUCUGAGGAUGCUUGUGUAGUAAGUGGUGCAGCUUGGAUGUAUGCCAACCAUUUAACAGCUGUUCAUUGGGAAGAAUGAGAAUUUGCUUAGCAAUUUGUGUUGCUGUUUUGCUGGCUUACUUCCUCCUUCACAUUUCCGGUUUCUGGUACACUUCAUCUUAGUAAAUGCAACAAAAAUACCUUGCAAGACUAAGUGGAGGAUAGUAGUAUUUGGCACUUACCUGUUACCUUUAGACUUAUGAAUUAUAGUUUAAGCCACAGCUAAACUGACAUGUACAGUUUUGUUUUAAUCUUAAGAAAAUGCUCUUUCACUUCCUGAAUUCCCAUGUACUUGAACUGGGUUGACAGACUUGCCAGGAGAUAUUUGAAACUAAUUAAGCAAAGGCAUUUCAGAACCUCAACUUCUAUUCAUAUUUUUAAAAACACUAGUUUUAUUUCUUCCAUUGUAAACGGAAAUAUAAUUGAAUACAAUCUUAAAUACAAUUUCCGUUGUGGGGGUAAGGAGGAGAUAGUCAAGUAUGGAGGAAAGGGCCAAAAGGUUUAACAGACAUUGGAAAUUCUUAAAACUAUUUGCUCUGCUGGCAUUACUACUUACUGAAAAGCAGAAAUUGAGGGACCACAUCUUACCACUUUAUUUUGACUAAGAAAGUGUCAAAAUCUUGUGAUUUCACAAGCUUUCCCAUACAAUUUAUAUGAACAGGAGCUGCAUGGUCACGUUGUAGGGAUUUGUAAACUGUCAUUGAAACACUUAAUUAUGUUGCUAACUAUGUCUAACCUGUUCUUUAACCAAAAAUCUAGCAGGAGGAAGCGUAGGCGGUUUGUGUGAGUGCGUGGGCAUGUGUGUUGUGUUUGCAUUUAGAGGUGUCUGGAUUACUGUUGUGAUUUGGAGAUGUGAUGAGUAAAUUCUGUUAUGGCUGAUGGUAGCUGAAUCUGUACAUCUCCUAAAUACUGAUGGGUAGGUGGGCUCCAGAGUACUACGGUAUUAGAGAUGAAAGAAAAGCUGAUUCCAACACAAGCAAUAUUUAAUGUGAAGUAAUACCUCAACACAAAUCUGCAUAGUCAUCCCAUUAGUACUAUUUUUAAAACUUUAUUGGGGGGGUGGGGGGUGGGCAAAGUGAAAAUGAAAACUUGCAGUGUGUGUUAUUUUAAUAAUAGUUUCUACAUCUUCAGGACAGCUAAAAGAAAAUAUCACCACGAUGCUGCUGCACUCUUACUAUGCCAAAUGCAGAGCUAGAAAGGCCUAAAGGUCUUCUGAAUUGUUUGGUACCUCAACUGGAUGUUUAAAUGUGUCAUUAAUCUGGCAAUGUUUUCAACUUGGGCGCAGUUAAAUAUAUGCCAUUCUGCCUUUCAAGUGAUGUUUAAGGUUACCUAUUUAUUUGAUGGAACAGAAGUGGGUGUUUCAUGCCUUUCAAAGUUUCAAACUUCAUUACUUCAGUAACACAGAAUUGGUGGUGGUGCAUUCCUUGUGAACAGUGACAUUUAGCAGUAGUGUAUAUGGCAUAUGGGCAUAUCUGUGUGCAGGUAUUUAAUAAUAAACCUAAGGAAUCCAUUUCCUUUUAUCCUGUUUGAUGUCUUGGACAGUUUUGGGUUUUUUUAUUAAAAUAAUGUCUACGCAGUAAAUAUUUUUCUCUCGUGACAAAAUUUUCUGUGAAAAAAUAAUGAAAAUUGUAAUAAAAGCCACAUCCAGAACAUAUGGAUUGUUUGGGACACAAACUGCUUUGUGCUUUCUUUGGAGAAGUCUGACACCCUUUCACAAAAAACAUGUAGUUUGUAAUGAAUUAACCUCCUUCCUCUGUUGCAGUAAUAAAAUGAUUUUUGUA